CGCCAGGCGGCGAAGUGACGUCAUUUCGGAAGACGUUGGUUUCCAGCCAGGGAUCAGCCCGCGGUUACUCAUGUAGAGAUCUAGGAAGUUGUCGCAACGCUGAAACCCCUUUCUUAGACUUUUACAGUAGUAAAAGUUUUAUUUGUUUUGCGAGUUUUGUACGUUAUAUUUUAGCCCAAACAGGCAAGCGACACCAUGUCUUUCGUCCCAGGACAGCCGGUGACUGCUGUUGUGCAACGAAUUGAGAUCCAGAAGUUGCGACAGGGAGAUAAUCUGAUCCUGGGCUUCAGCAUCGGCGGAGGGAUAGACCAGGACCCUGGGCAGAACCCCUUCUCUGAGGACAAGACUGACAAAGGUAUCUAUGUGACCAGGAUAACACCAGGAGGACCAGCAGACCUGGCAGGCUUGAUGAUGGGAGACAAAAUAAUGCAGGUGAACGGCUGGGAUAUGACCAUGGUGACCCAUGACCAGGCUCGUAAAAGACUAACAAAGAAGAAUGAGGAUGUGGUACGACUUCUGGUAACCAGAAAGUCGUUGGAGGAAGCUGUCAGACAUUCUAUGGGGUGUUACCCCAGACAGUAACAUAGUGGCACUACACUACUAAAGCAAUAGCCAAGGACUGAACAUGCUCAUGUACUGAGCUCCCACAAAUUCAGAUGAUGGUUGCACUGUGGCCUUUAUAAACAUGUUAAUGCAAAAAUACUACACAGAGCACAUCAGAUAACGUUUAGGUAGCAUAUCCAGAUGCCUGACGCUGCACAAGUCAAUUCUUACUCAUUCUGAUCAGUCACUUGACAAUGAGAGGGUGCUCUUCCUUUCCAUACACGCUCAAACUCAUCUCAAAGUUAUCCGGUUUACUUUUGAAGCAUCUUUGUAGCGUAUCCAUAUGUAACUGAUAGGAGAAGUAAAUUAUGGGAAUUUGCAGCACUCCAAAAUGUUUCAGCUCUACAGGGCUCAAACAUAUUUCAUCUGAAUCUGUUCUCGAAUUAAACAAAGAAUUCACAGUGAGAAUAUAAUACAGAGAUUUGUGUCUUAGUAACAAGUCUCUAAACCCACUUUUGGUGUCAGUUAAUACCACCAUAUGAAUUGUAAGAAGUAAAACAACUAGCAUGCUGACCUUUUUACAGGAAGAGAAGUGUCCCAAAACUCACAUGAUCCAUUUUGACAAUUUUUGAGAAAAAUCUACACUUUUGUUCAAUUAAAAUGUUGCUGUAUGUAAAGUAUUGUUUAAGGUUACGAAAGAUGAAUAGUUUAUGCAGAUAUUUUCAGUAAUUACUAAAAUUCCUCUUUGUUUGAACAUCAGCAGACUGAAAUUAGUUUUUGGAAGAUGUUUCAUAAAAUAGUGCUUGUAUAUCUCUCUAUUACACAUCCGUUUUUCAAUAGUGUAGUAGAAUAUUCUUGAUUUACUCCCACAUAGUAGAUACUUGCCAAAUGUCUUCAGUUUAUUCUUAAUGGGAGUUGUUUGGGAGCAAUUGUAGUCCUUCUUAAUGCAAGGUGUAAAACACUUCUAUUACCCUUUUUUACCUACAACUGACCAAAGAUAGAUUUGACUGACUGAAAAAAUCAAGAAAGUGCAUUGCUGUUUAUUUUAUUCUUAAUAAUCAGUAUCUCAUCUCAUUAAAUAAAAAAAUAUACAUAUAUUGCUGUCAUUCCUGUCAAGAUUACAGCAUCAAAUGCCAAAGUAAAGCAUUGGCACUAUUAAGUGAUCAAAAUAUGUAAAA